AUGGACAUAACAGCGACGCUCUCGCACCUCGUCACCUCGCUGCUGCCGGCCGACAAGGCGGCGCUCGUGCACCACCACGUGCUGCGCGCCGACGCGCCGCUGCAAGUCUACUUUUCCGCGGCGCGAGCCUCUGCGCUGUCGGGCGCGGGCGCGGCGUACCCGUACGUGGCGCCGCUGGCGGAGCGGGCGCUGGCGUGGACGCACGCGUCGGAGCUGGGCGGUGUGCUGGUGCCGCUGGCGAUUCUGGCGGCGGCGGUGCUGGUGAUGAACUGGAUCCGGAGGGUGCUGAUGUGGUGGGCGCGGCUGGCGCUGCGGGCAGUGCUGUGGGCGGCACUGGCGGCGCUGGCGGCGUGGGUGUGGUCGCGCGGCUUGCAGGCGAGCGUGCGGGACGUGGUUGUGCUGGGGGGCCGCGCGAGCGGCUACGCGGCGCUGGUAAAGGAGAUUUGGUGGAGAGAGUAUAGGAGGUACGAGGAGCAGCAGAAUAUGGGCAGAGGGGAGCGUCGGUGA